UUUUUAAAACAUUAAUUCUUUUCAAAUAUUAUAGACUUCUGCCAUGGUGGAAAGAAUGGAUAUACUGUAAAGGUUCGAUGUUAGCAGAUCAUGAUACUUGGCACAAAAUGAAAAAUAUGGCAUUGAUGCAAAACUGUGAUAAUAGAUUUUUAGAAUUUUUAGCUUGUUCUAAAUAUUACAUCAAUGAAUAUUUAGAAUUAAUAACACUGCAUAAUGGAACAUAUAUCGGAAUUCAAGCCAAAAAUUGUAUUAAUAGUUUUCUUUAUAUUAUUGCAAAGCAUGUGUUUAUGAAUAUAUUAACAAAUUUCGAGAAAUUAAAACCGAAAGACAUCAGUGCCUUGGCCACAUUAACUAUUAUUAUUAAUCAUGUAUAUUCCAAGAAACAACUUGACGAGAUCAAAAAUACCACGACGAAUAUUAUAGAAAAGUAUGCGUUUGAUCAUAUUACUGAAAUUUUAUACAAGGAAAACAAAACUUACGAAGUAAAUAUGUCAUGUUACAUAAACAUUACAUUUAUUUAUAUCUUAUAAUAAGAUUAUUUACAUCUUCUACAUGUUAUAUAAAUAA